AAGGAUAGAUCCACAAUGAAACGCAGUUUAGAAACGGUGGCAAUAUUAUGUAAUUAACACACUGUGGAAUAAAAAGCGUUGCAUCUAUUUAGUGCAUUGUCCUCGUUGUUUUUUUAAUCAAAGUAUACACUUGUCGAAGCAGUGUUAACUGUCACGUGACGAAACCCUUUUAAACUGUGAUAUUCGUGACAUCCUCACAGAACAUCGAGCAGUUCUGUCAUUUGCAUUUCGCGCUUAAUGCAAUUGUACCCUAAAUUGCCGAAAACAGGAGGGAUAGAAGCUAUAUAUAUAUCGACUUCUGAGCCAGUGGCUUGGUAUCUGUUGGUGUCUGGUUAACUCGCGAGUGGUCAGAAUGGCAAUCGUUUAUCUUUGAUGUACCAGUUGAUUUCGUAAAAUUUGCGUCGCGUGUAUGUCGCAUGAUUUAACGAUGACUCAAUGAAACUGAGCGAGGCGAUGUAUUGUUGAAGAAUGAAUUCCUGGCACGUUACGAUUCUGUUCCCUGAUCUUUAUUAACGUUGCCCUGAUAGGCGGGCACAAGAGUCAGCACAACAACGUUGACAGGUGGUAGUUGUCAUUUUCUGCUUGUCCCCUUCGGUAUUAUUACAACAUGUUUGCGACGUUAAAGAAUAAAAUACGAGAGGAAACGGGGAGUGACGUGUCAACUGUCGUUAGAAAUGCCGGCAACGUGCGCGGUAUUAACUCGAAGCAUAUGUCCCAGGCAGGUUCCAUGAACAGCAUCACUGGAUCCCAAAUUUCAUUAGAUGGUUCACGUGAAGAAAAUACAACAUCUCCUUCUCCACCAAUCUCUUUGAAAAGGGAUAGUAGUACGUUUGAUCUUAAAUUAAGCGAUGGUAUGCAAUUGUCCGCGAAAGACAUCAAGAGGUUUGAGAAUAGGGAAGAAGAAUGGAGGAAAAGGUUAGCCAAAAAAGAGGCAGAAUUAAUGAAACGAAUGGAAAAAAAGGAGGAAGAAUGGAAAGUAAGGCUCUAUGAGAGAGAGAAAGAGUGGAAAAAAGUUGUUGAAAAACAGGAAAAGGAAAAAAAUAAAUUGGAAGAAGAAUUACAGAAUACAGAACGCACAAAACGAUCGAUAGAACUGGCCCUUAAAGAUGCGGAAGAAUAUAAAAAGAAAUUGUACAGUUUUCAAGAAGAUGCAGAACAAUUAGAAGAUUUGCAAAUACAGGAGAUGGCAAAAGUAAAACAUUUAUUACUGGUUAAAGAACAAGAAGUAGACGAAAAAACGCAACAUUUAAAAGCGACCACUGCCGAAAUUGAAAGCCUAAGGUCCGAAGUUUCACGUCUUAGGCGAUAUGAAGAUGAACUGAAUAACGUACAGGAUGAAAUGGAGACACUGCGUCAUUCUACUCAGCGCGAGAAAACUCAACUUUCCUCUCAACUGGCACUGACUGAGGAAGAAGUACGCCACCUAAAGGAUAAAGUUUUUGUGUUAGAACAAAGAGUUGCUUUAGGAACUAACGAUCAAGUAACGGUUGACGAGAGAAUAGCUGAUCUUAUGAGAGAAAGAGCACUGUUAGAAAGGAAAUUAGAAGAGGCACAUCUUCAUUUGUCCGAUAUAAAAACUAGUUGGUCGGGAAAGAUAUCUAGCUUGGAAACGCAAGUUGGAAGACUUAGCAGACAGGCUGGCGAGGAAGGUCUGGAAAGGAGACGAGUCGAAGAGGAAAGCGAAAAACUGAGACAAAGGAUCAAACACCUAGAAGCUGAAAUAGAGGUGAACAAUGUUGUCAUGGCUACGAAAGACGCCAAGCUUUUGCGCAUGGCUGAAGACAUCGACGAGAUGGCCACGGAACUGAAAGAGCUCCGGGCCAGCGUCGAUGAUGAGGUGGAAGAGUUUAAGCGACAAAUUGAAUCUUCUUCGAAGGAGAUCAUCCAAAUGAAACACGACUUAGAAGAAACAACAACGAAACUUUCAGCUGCCACCUCAGAAGUAGCGCAUCUUCGUCUUUCUUUGGAAGGAGAACGAACGAAUAAUUCCUCUUUGCACUUAGAAUUAGCGCGUUUGAGAGAAGAUCUAGAAUCUGAACGAACAGCAUCGGCAACGCUAAGAGUAUGCCUAGAAAAAGAAAGAGGCGAAAAAGACUCCGCACUGCUAAGAAAUGCUCAAGUCUCUCAGGAUAUUGAAAUCGUAAAACAAGAGAAUCGACAGCAUGAAAUUGAAAAUGGGGAAUUGCAAAGUAGGGUAGAAAGUCUCGAGCACAAUUUACAAAGUAAAAUUAAGGAAAUAGAACAUGCAAUGUCAACGCUAGAAGAAACGAAACAAAGGUUGUCAGAAUUGGAAGAAACGGAACGAAACAAUGAGAAAAUGGAGAGGAGCGAGAAACUUCUUAAAAGUAGUUUGCUGGAUCUAGAAGAACAAUUGAACGAAAAGACCAAGACAAUCAAAGUCUUGCAGCAACGGUUAUCGGAUAUGAAGAAGACCCUUCAACGAGAGUUGAGAGUUCCGUCGUCAUCAUUGGAUAGCGACGCAGAACCUUCUGCAGCAAUUCUCAAACCAAGUUCGUCGAAGACUGUUACUGCUAGGCAUAACAACACGAGAGAUGAUGACGUCAACUUUAAAUACCUUAAACAUGUUCUCAUAAAGUUCCUAACCAGUAGGGAAUACGAGGCCCUUCACUUAACGAGAGCGGUCGCUACUCUUCUACAUUUUUCCCCCGAGGAAGAGCGAUUACUGCAAGAAACUUUAGAAUGGAAAAUGUCAUGGUUUGGCACCAGGCCAAAUUUAGGUUUUGGACAAACUGCCAAAGCUAUACCGCCCAGCUGAUAGCUGAAACAAAUCCUACUUCCUAUAGGUAUCAUGAAAGUGGUCGCGGAUUCGUGGUUGAAAUCGAAAAGUUGGGUUGCAUCCGUGAUCAACAACAAAUGAUCUAGAACAGUUUGAACGAUUAGGAAAGGGACGAACAAAUUUAUAAGCUAGGAAUUUCAUAAAUUUUGUAAAAUAUUUAACGUUUACGAUACGUACAUAAUUUAUUCACAAAGGCUAGAGAUACAGAUCGUAGUGAGCUUCAAAGACGCGCGGUAACGAACGUUACCUUUAGACAAAUCAGUAUGUUGAAUAUAGAAGUUUGUACCGAUCAUUGUUGGGCAAAAUUUAAUCAAAAUAUCGAUUAAUGAUUGCAUUAAUUGUAAAUCGCUUAUGAUGAUUAGCAGUUGAAUUAAUCGUUAAUUUCUAUGACAUCGUAUUAUUCACAUUGAAUAAUCGAUCGUCAGAUUGAUCUAAUUUCCGGUGAGUUCAGUUAAUCGUUAGUCCCUUGCAACAGAAUGGUGAUUAAUUUAUUCGAUAAUGGUUGCAAGCUAUUCACGAUUAAAUUUGUAAUCGCAUCGAGUAAUGGAUUAAUUAGCUCAGAGUAAUUAGACAAUUAACGCCCGACUUUGGUACCGAUGUCUAUCGUGUAUAUCAACAUAAAUAAAUUAGCAGGAAAUAUAUACACAAUAUACAAUGUAUGUUCGACAUUGAGUCACGCUAUACAUUGUUUUCGUAUGCAAAUGCCAGGUAAUGCACACAUACAUAUAUAUACGCGCGCGCGCGCACACAUACACACACACACACAAUCACUUUGCAAUACUUAAUAUGUAAGAAUUCUAAUUAACUCAAUUUCUGUAUACGAAUACAUUACGAUACGAGGCAUUUUAUUACAAGACAAAAUAUUUAAUUUAAAAUUUCCUGAUAUACACGAACUUUAUGUAUGCAACACUUUAUAUACAAAAAAAUAUUACAUUUUUUCAUA